GUACAAUGGCGACGCUCUCGCUCAACCAGAUGUGGUGUAAUCAUUUCCAGCUUCGUGGAGUACACCAUGGCAAUGACGAUUGCAGAAGUUGGAAAUUUGCAUUUGGAUGCUCGAUGGCGUUGUCGCUUUCUUGGACUUUUAUUCCGUGGAUGCUGCCGACUCUUGGAGUAAUAUUGAAGAUUCUGGACGCACUAUUGUCCACAUGAUGCUACUCGAGAGGUAUCAGAGUCCGAGCUACAGAUAUUUAAAAAGAAUGGUAAAACACUUUUUUAAGAGAUUGAUAUUGCUAUGGUAAGCAAGCAGGAGGAUGAGUAAUAUUGGUUUACAUUACAAAGGAAGAAAAGACUUUCUUUGUGUUUUUUUUUGUUUAUAGGUAGAAGAAAAGACUUUCGAGAGAUGCUUGUGAUGAUUUGUGAUAGAGAGAGAGAGAGAGAGAUGAGAUGUUAGUGAUAGAUAGUUGUGAGUUGGUUAUCAUGUGGAUAGACACCCAAUGUGCAAUGCUAUUUCUUUAGAAUCUGAAUGGUUUAUAAGUUAGCUUUCGGCUGCCCACAGUUGAGAAGUUGUGAUUUCUUCUGGAAUGGGAAACCCUUGAUUCUGAAUAAAUCAUAGGGGUCGUAGUCAGCCGGUAUGAACCGAGCAAAGAAAGGCAAGGCGUUAAUCAGGUACUUGCCCAUGCUUAAAGCAGAAAAUAGUCUUCCUUAGAGGAACAAUUUUCCAUGGGUUUGUAAGACCCAUUCCUCUCACAUGGUCAAUUGUGGUGGUGCUACAGUCAAGUGAUUACUUCAUUUCAGGUUUUCCUCUUUAGUUAGAUGUCCAUAACAACAUUCCUUUGAGAAACCCAUCUGCCAAAAAAAAUCUGACGUCGUACCUGUUAAUUAUGAUUCUUAUUGACUAACGCAGAGACAGAUGGCCAAUAUCUGCUCAAAGGAAGCUCUUUGGUGACCAAAUAUAUCAGCUUGGGGAUGUAUACGGUGCAUCGAAUACUUCCAAAAGAAGCUGUCUAGACUGUGAAUUAAACAUGAUCUUGAAGCUCCUGCGAGAAUUGAACAGCCUCUCCUGAUAUAUCAGGAUAACUACAUGUGGCUGAAGGGAAACACAUGAAGCAAAACAAAGAGGAAAGUAGGUGAAACUGGUGAACAGUCAGGACUUGAGAAGAAGUUUAAGCAUGAAACUACUGCUAAGCCUGUCAGUUUAAUCAAAUUCUAUUUCCUUUCAGAAGCUAGGAUUUCGCUUGAUUCUACAGAGCUUUUCAUGGUGCAGGCGAUCACCGAUCAUGGGUCCAUCUUCACAGUUGAAGAACAUGGAGAGAGAGAGAGAGAGAGAGAGAGAGAGGGGGUGACGAGUGCCGAUCUCUCCGUCUCCGUCUCUCGUUGCUCGGUCUCGGAUCACAGAGACCAUGGCGAAGAAGACCGUCUUCCCCAUCUUCGACCUCGCCGUCUUGAUCCUUUGCUUCGUUCAGGCGGCCGUGUCGAGCCCCUCCAACCAUCGCUACAAGGAACGCGAGCCCGUCCCUCUCUACGCCAACAAAGUCGGUCCCUUUCACAACCCGAGUGAAACAUAUCGCUAUUUCGAUCUUCCAUAUUGCAUACCAGAUCAUAUGAAAGAGAAAAAAGAAGCUCUGGGUGAAGUGUUAAAUGGAGAUCGUUUAGUUAGUGCUCCCUUCAAGCUGGACUUUUUGACGAAUAAGGAAUAUGAAGUUGUUUGCAAGAGAACACUUUCAAAGGUAGAAGUGGCACGAUUCCGGUCUGCAAUCGUCCAGGACUACUACUUUCAGAUGUACUAUGAUGACUUGCCUAUUUGGGGUUUCAUUGGGAAGGUUGACAAGGAGGGUAGGGAUCCAAGCGAAUAUAAGUAUCUUCUUUAUAAGCACGUUAUCUUCGAGAUCUUUUACAACAAGGACCGUGUGAUCGAAGUUAAUGUCCGGACAGACCCAAACAGCGUUGCAGAUCUUACGGAGGACAAAAAAGUUGAUCUUCAGUUUAUGUACACAGCAAAGUGGAAAGAAACAAAUAUUCCUUUUGAGAAAAGGAUGGAUAAAUAUUCUCUGUCAUCUUCACUGCCUCAUCAUCUCGAGAUUCACUGGUUUUCAAUCGUAAAUUCAUGUGUCACAGUUCUUUUGUUGACUGGAUUUCUUACCACAAUCCUCAUGAGAGUUCUCAAGAAUGAUUUCGUCAAGUAUGCCCAUGACGAAGAAUCGGCUGACGACGAGGAGGAAACUGGAUGGAAAUACAUCCACGGGGAUGUGUUUAGGUACCCAGAGUAUAAGUCUCUUUUUGCUGCUGCACUUGGUUCUGGUACUCAGCUGUUUACUCUUACCGUGUUCAUCUUUAUAUUGGCAUUGGUUGGUGUCUUUUAUCCAUACAACCGAGGCGCACUAUUUACAGCACUGGUUGUUAUAUAUGCACUCACGUCAGGAAUUGCAGGCUAUACUGCUGCCUCCUUUUACUGUCAGCUGGAGGGAACAAACUGGGUCAGGAAUUUACUAUUGACUGGAUGCCUCUUUUGUGGGCCUUUGUUUCUCACAUUCUGCUUCUUAAAUACGGUUGCUAUUGUCUACACUGCCACAGCAGCUCUUCCAUUUGGCACAAUUUUGGUCAUAGUUCUUAUAUGGGCACUUGUGACAUCACCUUUGCUCAUAUUAGGCGGGAUUGCUGGGAAGAAUAGCGAGGCCGAAUUUCAAGCUCCAUGCCGCACCACUAAGUACCCCAGAGAGAUUCCACCAUUGCCAUGGUAUAGGGACACAAUCCCUCAGAUGGCAAUGGCUGGUUUUCUCCCGUUCAGUGCUAUAUACAUCGAACUAUACUACAUUUUUGCCAGUGUCUGGGGUCACAGGAUCUAUACCAUAUAUAGCAUCUUGUUUGUUGUCUUCAUCAUUCUCUUGAUAGUCACUGCUUUUAUCACGGUGGCAUUGACCUACUUCCAACUUGCUGCUGAGGACCACAAAUGGUGGUGGAGGUCUUUUCUCGGUGGUGGAUCAACUGGAUUAUUCAUCUACGGGUAUUGCUUAUACUACUACUACGCACGGUCAGAUAUGUCCGGGUUCAUGCAAACUUCAUUCUUCUUCGGCUACAUGGCCUGCGUCUGCUAUGGAUUUUUCCUCAUGCUUGGUACCAUAGGUUUUCGCUCAGCCUUGCUAUUCAUCCGACACAUAUACCGAUCCAUUAAGUGCGAGUAGCUGAGCCAACGUGAAAAGGAAGAAAAAUUAGGAGGAAGUUUUGACAUGGCAGUAUAACUAAUUCACUGGUGAUUCUGCAUCUUGGUCUUUUCUUCUGAAAUUCCAAAGUAAUGAAGUGCGAAGGUCAAAGGGCCUACUACGGACGUUGACUAGCUUCUGUUGUCAUUUCGAC